AUGGCGUUCCACGAUGGUGAUCUGCAGAGCGGCAUAGCACUGGCGAUCCAGCAACAGAUGGCGGUGCUUUGCUUCGUUCAUGCAGAUGAUUCGGACAAGUCUCAGGAAUGGGAGGGAGUUCUAUUAUCAAGCCCUUUUAGCGAGCAUAUGCAUGAACAAGUCGUGGCCAUCAGGUUACGAGCAGGAUCUUCAGAAGCAGCCUUCCUCACGCCUAUAGCACCCGUCAAUAGUACACCGGCGGUGAUAGUCAUCAAGAAUGCGUCAUUGCAAGCAAAUAUCCAAGCUGCGGAGGUUACGAUUGAUCAAUUGAGACAGAAGCUUCAGCAACUGAUCGCACCACAUGGCCCAGAACAGUCCAAUGCACCAUCUCUUGCCGAGCAGUCGGAUGAAGUCGUCAAAGACGCAACUCAGGCAGACCCAUCCUCCUCUGGCCCAACUGUUGGAUAUCUCGAUUUGCCGCCGUCUGCUGGUCAACCUAGACUGCCGAAUAAUGCGUACGAUGCUCUACGAGAGUUUACAGAAGGACUCAAGGCUUGUGGGGAGUCACCGGCAAAGAUCUUGGAAGCUCAGCUAGGCGUUUUGAGCAGGCUGCCGAUAUUCAAGGAGGAGGUCCAACGGCUGCGCUCCCUUGACCAAAAUGAUCAACCAGAAUUAUCGCAGACGGCACGGGAUCGUCUAAUGCUUAGACUUCCUGCCGCGGCCAUCAAAGCCCAGAUGAAGGUACAAACAUCGGCUACCUCGGGCCAGGCGGACGCGGCCCCUUCAGCUACCGGGCGAGUAUAUUCUCAACGAUCCACCGCGCCUGCACCUGCCCCCCAGCGGCCGUCAGCGCCUCAGGUGCCCGACCCAGCCUCUCAACCUGAACUCAGCGAGGCGCAACGGGCCCAGCAGAAUGAGUAUCGACAGAUGCAACGCGAUCGAGAGCAGAAGCAGCGAGAGGAGCGUGAGCGAAUCAAGGCCCAGAUCAAAGCUGACAGAGAAGAGCGUCGGCGAAGGGAGCAAGUCCAGAAGCAGAACGAUGAAGCGGCCACUUCUCCGCCUACAGGGGGGACUUUGAAACCAACGGGCAAUGAAGUGCGUGUUCAAGUCCGUACGUUUGACGGCAGCGUCAUACGAGAGACGUUCAAGCCAAUCUCCACCAUCACCACCGACCUCCGGCCGUGGAUCGACUCUGCAAUCGAAUCCAAUGUUCCCUAUGAUUUCAAGCUUAUCCUCACACCGCUACCAAACAAGAAGAUUGAAGCUUCAGAGGAAGAAAUGGCGCUAUCAGAUCUGGGCAUCAAGCACAGCUGCACGUUUGUCAUUGCUCCUGUCCAAGGCUACGUCGAGUCGUACUCUGGCGCCUCUGGUGGUAUCGUCGGUUCGGCAGUAUCUGGAGGCUACAACUUGGUGACGGGCACUGCAGGAGCUCUCUUUGGUGGCUUCAGAAGCAUACUCGGCUACGGCCAGCCUGCAGCCGAAACAAGACCCGCUCAAGGUUCCACACUUGGUGAAAGUGCUGCUUCAAACCAACGGUCUAUGCGCGUCAGGACUUUGGCGGAUCAACGAGCAGAAGACGUUGGCAAGAACGAGUUUUACAAUGGCAAUCAGCUCAACUUUCAGCCCAACAAGGACGAUGACCGCAAGAACGAUUAG